UAAAAUUCUUUUCAAAACUUGAAAAGCUCUGAAAAAACAUUCUCUCAACAUUUCAGCUCCAACAGUCAGUGGAGCUGAAACGAACCAAAGCGAAAUUUCCUUUUCUUUUUUAUUUUAUUUUAAUUUUCAGUUUAAAAACCAAAUGCCUGAUUCCAAAAUCACAGCUGCAUAACUUUAAUCUCUCCCUUCCCUAUCCAUGGACCACAAUGUAACCGUUUUCACCAACCGCCAAGAAUCCGUUACGGCUGAUGACGAUGAUGAUGAUUCCAAAACCGCUGAUUACGGCGGAGGAGCCGGAGGCGGCGGCGGUUUUGGUAAGAGAGGCGGCAGCAUUGCGGAGAGGAGGGCUGCAACGUGCGGGUUCAAGGCGGAGAGGAUAAGUACGGCGAGGUUCCGGGCGUCCACUAGCCCCUUGGCCUCCCCAUCGGCGCGGUCGCCUUACCUUACUAUUCCUCCUGGGAUUAGCCCCACUGCUUUGUUGGAUUCUCCUAUUAUGUUGCCCAACGCUCAGGUAUCUCCCACCACUGGAACAUUUCCAGUACCCUUUCUCAAUCAUGAUAGUCAAGUGCUGAAUCCUAGCAAUGGGGACAGAGGCAGCAAUAUAGUCUCUUCCUUCACAUUCAAGCCGCAGAAUUUGGAUUCUCAGCCAAGCUUUUCUAGUUUAGAAGAUCAGGUUUCUUCCUCUUUUAAUCUUGUUCAGAGUGCUGAGGUUCAUUGUCAAUGUCUUGCCAAAUUGGAACCACCUUUGGAUUUUGAAUUUCCUGCAGAAUUCUCAAAAAAAGCUAGUUCAACGAAUUCUGCAGCAGUAUCAGUUGCUGAUGUCAAAGUUUUAAAUGACAUUGUGAACGAUAAUGCUAAUUUGGGAUUCCAUCCUUCUGAGUUGGCUAGUGAUGAAAUGCCUAUGCCGAAAGAACCUCUUCUUGGAGAAGAUGUUAACACGCAUCUUUCUGAAGGUGAUCAGAAGGGGAUAAACACUGCAAUGGGAAUGGCAAGAACAUCAGAAGAUGGAUAUAAUUGGAGGAAGUAUGGACAGAAACAGGUAAAGGGUAGUGAAUAUCCAAGAAGCUACUAUAAAUGUACCCAUCCAAAUUGUCAGGUGAAGAAGAAGGUAGAGCGUUCACUUGAUGGCCAAAUUACUGAAAUCAUCUACAAGGGUGCCCAUAAUCACCCAAAGCCUUUGCCUUGUCGUCGGCCAUCCAUUGGGUCCACUUUAUCAUCUGAUGAAAUGUCCGAGAUUGCAGAAGGUGGUGGAACUUGUGUCAAAGUUGAAGGUGGUUUAAUUUGGAGAAAUGCCCAAGCAGGGUCCAGGGAUAUUAAGCUUGGGUCUGAUUGGAGAGCUGAUGGUCUGGAAAGAACAUCCUCAACAUCUGUUGUAACAGAUCUUUCUGAUCCACUGUCAACUGCCCAAGGGAAAUCUUUUGGUGCAUUUGAAUUGGCUGAAACUCCAGAGUUUUCAUCAACACUUGCUAGUCAUGAUGAUGAUAAUGAUGAUAGGGCUACCCAGGGAAGUAUAUCACUCUGUGAUGAUGCAGCUAAUGAUGAUGAGUCUGAGUCAAAAAGAAGGAAGACAGAGAGCUGCUUGACGGAGAUGAAUGCGACAUCUGGGGCUCUUCGUGAACCAAGAGUUGUUGUACAAAUAGAAAGUGAUGUGGACAUACUUGAUGAUGGCUAUCGUUGGAGGAAGUAUGGGCAGAAGGUUGUCAAAGGAAACCCUAAUCCUAGGAGCUAUUACAAAUGCACAACUCCUGGAUGUCCUGUGAGAAAGCAUGUGGAAAGAGCCUCCCAUAAUCUAAAAUGUGUACUCACGACGUAUGACGGAAAACACAAUCAUGAAGUUCCAGCUGCCAGAAGCAGCAGUCAUGUUAAUUCAAGUGGUUGUAAUUUACCACCAACCGUGCCUAACACUCAAGCUGCCCUGGCAUUAGCCAGAAAUACCAAUGCUCUGAAGCCUGAAACACCAAUUCAAGAUAUUGUACCUCCUUUUGAUCAAAAGCCUGAAUUUAAAAAUGAAUAUCUGAGACCUAGUUUUCUUAGGGAUUUCAGCAAUGAGAUGAAGCUUGGGGCAGCUUCACUGGCUUCUGUUUACCAAAUGAAGUUUCCUUCCAUACAGAAUACUAUUCCUUAUGGCUCUUUUGGAGUAAAUCCAAACUGCAUUGCAGCUCAUCAAUCUGGUUCACUAGCCUCAACAGUUCCGAAUUUUCCAAUGUCAUUGCCGUUGAAUCACCCAACAUCAGCAAAUCUAUCAUUGGCUGGUUUUGAUAUUAAUAACGGUGGAAAAUCAACUGGUCCAACACACUCUUUCCUUCCAGGGCAACAGUUAAAAGAGAGUACUACAAGGUUCCUUGGGAUUAAACAGGAGGUAAAGGAUGACAACCUUUAUAAUCCUUGCCUACCCAUUGUUGACCAUGCAAGUGCAUCAUCAUUAUCAUCAGUCUUUCAGCAGGCCAACGGAAAUUUUCCAUCCUAGAUCACAUUUAUUUGCUUCAUAGAGUCUUUAAGAUGUUGGAUUCUACUUGACUUUCGAUUACUAUGUUGCUUAAUUGUCAUAUAUAUAUACAUAUAUUUAUUUA